GCCUUAGGCUACCAUUUAAAGGUGAUUAAUUUAAAAUGAAAAGCGGAAGGAUGAAAACAACAAACUGAUGAUAAUGGAGGGACCACUUUUGUAAUCCGGUUUAUUUUUUAUGGUUCAAGGUCCAAGUUUUCAUAUUCUCUCAAACAUAUCAAAUCCUAACAUACUUAAGUCUCUCUCUCUCUCUCUAACACCAAGUCUUGGUUGGUGAUCUCUUUCUUUGUUUAUUAAGCGUUAAUUUGUUUCUCUUUCUUGGGUUGUUGUUUUUUUGUUUUGGUAAGGGGAGAAGGUAUAAUUGAUUGAGAAUGACAGCGCCAAACAUGGCGGCGAUCACUGCAUCCUUGGAAAGAUCUCUUCAAAGCUUCUCGCUAAACCACCACCAGAGCAGCAUCAGCAUCAACGGCUACGAAGGAUUGGGGUUUGGGAGGUCAUCCUCCUCCUCUUCAGGGUCUCAUAAUAAUCGUUGCCACAGCUCAACAAACUCCUCCGACGCCACCUUGGAGCUCAAUUCUAAUAUCACACUACCCUACCAUUGGGAGCAAUGCCUGGAUUUGAAGACAGGGGAGGUGUACUACAUAAACUGGAGAACAGGGAUGAAAUCAAAAGAGGAUCCAAGAACGGUUGAUGACGGAUUUAGCGGAUACUUUUACAGCGACGAAGAGGAAGAGGAGAGCUCAUAUGGCAGUGGAGGAUCUUCGGUGGAGUCAUCUCCGGCAGCUUCAUCAUCAAGAAAACAAAAUCAAAACCAAGAAGAAGAAGAAGAAGAAGAAGAAGAAGAAGUCGAAGAUGAGGAGGAAGAUGAAGAUGAAGAUGAAGAUGAAGAUGAAGACGAAGAUGAAGACGAAGAUGAAGAUGAAAAUAGAAAUGAAAACGGAAGUAGGAUAGGAGGGCACGUAUUAGUGGUUGCCGGAUGCAAAGGAUGUUUCAUGUACUUCAUGGUGCCUAAACAGGUGGAGGAUUGCCCCAAAUGUAGUGGUCAACUCCUUCACUUUGACCGAUCCGAUGAUAAUGCUUAGGGCCAUGAAUUGAUUUUCAUUUUUCUUUUUCCUGAUUCUCUCAUUCUUUUUUGUUUUGUGUUGAAUUUUUUCUUCUUUCUCUUUUUUCCAUUUUUUUGGGGGGAUGUGGGGAAAAAAGAAGAAAAUAUGAUGGAUCAAUCAUGUGGGCGUUUUCCUCUGGAGGUUUGAUGUGUGGAUUUUGAAAUGAGAUUAAUUUAUGGUAAUUCUUUUUGUCGAUUUUUUAACAACGAACUGUUUUUUUUUCUCUAGUUGAAAUUGACGAAAACUUAAGAAAUAUUAUUUUUCAUAAACA